AUGCCGAGAGGUUUUGAUUUCUGGUUCGGAAUUGAUCUGAACGAGCCAGCUGACCAAGAUUUUGCUCCUGGAAGCAAUGACAAUGAAGCUGGAUCAUCUCAUGCUCCUCCGGUUUGGGAAGGCACUCCUGACCAAGGUUUUGUUCCUGGGAGUAAUAGAAAUGCUGCAGGAACAUCUCAUGGUGGUCCUAAUUGGGAAAAUGUUGAUGCAACUGGGCCAUUUGGUCCAUAUUCGGCUGGUCAGAGUAGUGAUGCACAAGUCGACCCGAAGGACACUUCGGACAGAGGCACUAACGCCGGAUCAGGUUUCCAGACAUGUGUGACUUUACCAAGUGAGGACAGUGGUGAGGAAGGUGAAGUUCAGUCAACACCAGAAGGGUUUUCCCCCAAGACACCAUUUCUUGGCAUGAAAUUUGACACCUGGGAAGCUGCUCUGUCACAUUACAAUAGGUAUGCGCAUCAUGUUGGCUUCUCCGUUAGGAUUGAAUCAUCUAGGAAGUCUACAAAAGAUGGAGAGAAAGACAAAUGCUUGUCUGUUUGCAACAAAACGGGGAACAAUUCAUUACCACCUACUCCUGUCAAGAUUAGAAACCGAGCUAUCACGAAAUUGACAGAUUGCAAGGCAAAAAUGAGGAUUAAAAGAUCUGGUGCCAGAUGGGAAGUUACUCAGUUUGUCGAGGAGCAUACGCAUGAAUUUGUUGAGAAAUUUGCUCUGAAAAAAUUCUUGAGGUCGCACAACAAAAUUCCAAAAGAAGAGAAGAAGUUCAUUGAUUUGCUAAGUAAUGUAAAUCUCAGUUCGGGAAGGAUUAUGCAAAUCAUGGCGGAAUUAUAUGGAAGCAAGCAGAAUGUACCUUACAGUACUAAAACCAUUAGCAAUUACAGAGCCCAACAUAGUGAAGAGCGGAAAAUCAAAGACAUCCCUGAGUUGUUGAAAUACAUUGAGAAGCUAAAAGAGGAUGAUCCUAGGUUUUAUUAUGACUACAAGCUAGACGAUGACAAUAGGGUUGAGAACAUCUUUUGGGUUGAUGGUGCAGCCAGGGAUGUGUACAAGCUGUACAAUGAUUGCAUAUCGUUUGACACAACCUUCAUGACUAAUCAGUAUAACAUGUCUUGCGCACCAUUCAUUGGAAUCAAUAGAUAUGGUCAGUCCAUAUAG